AUGUUCUCUGCACUGAUCCUGCGCCUGGCGGCAACCCACCUAACGGCGGCAACCCUCCUUCUGGUGGCCCAGUGCUGCUCUACCGACGUCCUUGGUGUCGCCGAUGUUGAUUGCAAGACCCCCAGCCACGGAUUCUCCUCCAAGGAUGGUUUUGAUGCUACCUGCGCUGAAACCGGCCAGGAGGCUCGCUGCUGUGUCAUUCCUGUCCUCGGCCAAGAUAUUCUUUGCACCGGUCCUGCCCCUGGUGGCAGCAACCCUCCAUCCAGCGGUAACCCCCCCUCGGGCGGAAACCCUCCUACCUCUUCUACUACUCCUGGCGGCUCUUCUCCCACCAACCCUCCCUCUGGCGGCAACCCUCCCAACGGUGGUGACAACUAUAACCCUUGCCCUGGCGGGCUCUACUCGCAGGCUCACUCUCCUGCCAACUCUGCCAGUAACUCUGGCGGCAACGGUUCUCCCACUUCCUCUGGUGGAAAUGGAUCGCCUACCUCUUCUGGUGGUAACGGUUCUCCUUCCAGCUCUCCCGCCAACUCUGCUAGCAACUCUGGCGGCAACGGUUCCCCAUCUUCCAGCCCUGCCGGAAACCCCAGCAACACCCCCAGUGCCACUACCAGCGGCGGAAACACCACUCCUACUGGUACCAACUACAACCCAUGCCCCGGUGCUCUCUACAGCCAAGCUCAGUGCUGCAGUGUCGAUGUUCUCGGCGUUGCUGACCUUGACUGCAAGACCCCUUCCCACGGCUUUGACAGCAAGGCUGGAUUUGAGGCUACCUGCGCUGAGACUGGUCAGCAAGCUCGCUGCUGUGUUAUUCCCGUGCUUGGUCAAGAUGUUCUUUGCACUGGUCCCGCUCCUGGCGGCAAUCCUACCUCUUCUAGCGGCAAUGGUUCUCCCACAAGCUCUGGUGAUAACGGAUCUCCUAGCUCGUCUGCUGGUAACGGAUCUCCCUCGUCUUCUGGUGGCAACGGCUCCCCAACAAGCUCCGGCGGUAACGGUUCCCCUACUAGCUCUGGUGGCAACGGCUCCCCAACAAGCUCCGGCGGUAACGGUUCCCCUACUAGCUCUGGUGGCAAUGGCUCUCCUUCUAGCUCUGGUGGUAACGGAUCCCCCAGCAGCGCGCCUAACAGCGGCUCUCCUACCAGCUCCGGCAACACUACCCCUACCAACCCUCCAUCUGGUGGCGAGUACGACCCCUGCCCUGGUGGUCUCUACAGCCAGGCUCAAUGCUGCAGCGUCGAUAUUCUCGGUGUUGCCGACCUCGACUGCAAGACUCCCCCCCAUGGCUUCGAUAGCAAGGCUAGCUUUGAGGCGACCUGCGCCGAGAGCGGCCAGGAGGCUCGCUGCUGCGUUAUUCCUAUCCUAGGCCAGGAUCUGCUUUGCACUGGCCCUGCCCCUGGUGGCAACCCUCCUACCAGUUCUGGCGGCAACGGAUCUCCUAGCUCCUCUGCUGGCAACGGCUCGCCCACAUCCUCUGGUGGUAACGGAUCUCCUACUUCCUCUGGCAGCAAUGGUUCUCCCACUUCUUCUGGCAACGGCUCGCCUAGCUCCUCUGGUAACGGCUCUCCCACUACAUCUGGCAACACUGCUCCUACCAACCCUCCUUCUGGUGGUGACGACUACAACCCUUGCCCUGGUGCCUUGUAUGCUCAGGCUCAGUGCUGCAGUGUGGAUGUCCUCGGUGUCGCCGAUGUUGACUGCAAGAACCCUCCUCAUGGCUUUGAUAGCAAGGCUGGAUUCGAUGCCACAUGUGCUGAGAGCGGCCAGAAGGCUCGUUGCUGUGUUAUCCCUGUUCUCGGCCAGGACGUCCUAUGUACCGACCCUGCUCCUGGUGGCAACCCUCCUGGUAACCCUCCUACCAGUUCUGGCGGCAACGGAUCUCCUAGCUCCUCUGCUGGCAACGGCUCGCCCACAUCCUCUGGUGGUAACGGUGCUCCCACAUCCUCUGGCGGUAACGGUGCUCCCACUUCUUCCGGCAGCAACGGUUCUCCCACUUCUUCCGGCGGCAACGGUUCUCCUACCAGCUCUGGUAGCACUACUCCCACCAACCCUCCCAGCGGCGGCGACGACUACAACCCUUGCCCAGGCGCACUCUACGCCCAAGCCCAGUGCUGCAGCGUUGAUGUCCUUGGCCAAGGCUGGAUUCGAUGCUACCUGCGCUGA